GAAAAUUUUUCAAAGUUCGAGGAACAUUUCACAUUAUUCUAGAAUGCGCAUUGUGAAGUCAAGAAAAAAAUCAAAUGGAACCUCUGGAAAGCGAAAAAAGUCACAAUUCGGUGAAUUUUAUGAUUAUGAUGGUCCACCAUGUUUUCGUUGUGAUCGUUGAAAUAAUGUAAAUGUUUCAAUUACAAUUUACCAAAUUAACCAAAAUAGAGCUAAUUAGGAAAAAAUGCAUCGCGACAAUGAGACUGACUAAAAUUACUUUCUGGUACUAAGAUAUAAACGAUUAAACGCUUAUAAACACUAUAGACGCUCAAUUGUUGACAUUUAUUCAAAUUGAAUACACAGGAGUUUCAUCAACUUCAGGCAAGUCUCUCGUACGGAAUGUAAUUGCUGAAUUUAAUUUUAAUUAAAAGAGAAAAGGUAAAUAUUAAAAUAUUAGACAACUUUAGAUGACACGAUGCACUUUGAAUAUUUUGUCUUAUUAAUAAACACUGUGCAAAGCUGAACUUUGAUUUUAACACUAGGUAUGUGUGCAUAUAUUCGCUAUACGACAGUAGUAUGUAAGAUAUCAAAUAGAUUUAAAAAAAAGCUAUUGUUAAGCUGAAAUUAUAUAGUCCUACGGCAAUAUUUGUAAACUUCUUGUCCAGCAUAUCGACAUAAUGAAGUAACUUAAGAGUUGUCCUUAUAUAUAUAUUAUUAUAUAUACUGUUAUAAGCCUUAUGAUCCAAUGAAUGGUGAGCUAAACCUCACGCUAAUGAAUGCUGCCCAAGUUAGGCCAAAUUUAUAUAUAUAGAGACACACCGCUCUUAAGGCCCGGGCCGCUGUUUAUAAUUUAAUUUGUAAAAUCAAUUUAUUUAGCAAUUUUAUUUGUUUAUAUUGUAUUGUAAUUGUAUUUAUAUUUGUAACUGUAUAUACGUACAUAUAUAUGUUUGCCUUUUAAAUGUAUGUGACACUAGAAAAAUCAUGAGCAUGGGGAAGAUCACUGAACAACAAGUGUACAUAAAUACACUCGUCUGGCUACAGACGCAAAUGUUUACGCCAACCAGCACAUAAUAAAUUUAUUGGUAGGAACUGAAAUCACUCUGCAUAAGAACCAAUUGACUUGAGUUUUUUUUUGUUUUGGAAGAAACUUGGGCACAAAGUUGUGAGCCACUGAGUACGCACUAUAGUAAAAUUUUAUAAUUAUUUGUUCCGUUAGCACCAAUUUAUUCAAUCCCUAACUGCCGAUACCUUGAUAAACUUCUUAUUGAGUGCAUGUCAUAGAUUUUUAUAAAACAUUAAAAAAUUAUAUGUUUUGAAUUUGCACCUGUCAUUCGAAGGCAAAAGCCAAUGGUAAAGUUAUGCAGAGCAAGGGACGAUUACACAUGCUAAAGCUUCUAGUUAAUUAAGAACUAUAUUGAGAAUUUGUGUUGAGAAAACUAAUAAAGCAAAGAAAAAUCAAAACAAAAAAUCAGUCAGGUAUAUCAUGUUAGUUAAUUUGUUAAUGAUUUAUUUAUUUAUAAAGCUGUAUGUUAGAUGAAUAAGAAAAAUUAAAAAAACUAACGACAUACGAAUCUUGUAUCUUUGUGUAGUACAAUAACAAAUUUAAACAGAUUUAAUAUCUAAUAUCCACAUAAAUAAAGUAUAUUUGGAUAAUUUUCGUGUUUUCCGUUCCUUCUUUUAUAUCGCUGUCUAUGCUGAUAGUGAGCACACAAAAAUAACAAAUAUAAAUACUUUACGCAGUACUUUUAGCAUACAGAACCUGAGUGUUACCAUGGAACCAUACUCUCCAAACAGUAGUUUGGUUGAAUUAUCUAUACUGGUGGAAUUAUCCACAUGACAUGUUUUUGUGGAUAAGGUAAUGUACUGUCACCUCAUUUGAGCUACUGAAAAUAUAAGUAUGAUUUCAAAAAAAUGUCAAUUUGCGAAAUUUAAAUUUUUAUACACAUUCGUAGUUUGUUAUAAAUCUGUAUUUGUUAAAUAGACUGUGUACGUUGAUAUUUAAAAAUGGAAAAAACUCGGUGUAUGGACAAAAUCACAGGGAGUCCUGUGCAGGAUAACGGAAGGAUUCAAAGUUCGGACAAUAAAGCUAUUCUGUGGCCAAGUGAACGCAUUGUCCAAGGAGGAAUUUUUCACUGUCCUAAAAUAGAGUACAGCAAAGAAACUGCGGAUUUAUUGAAAGCUCUUAUGGCUGAGUCCAAAAUGUCAAUGCUAAUGCGGAAAAAAAUCAACUAUCACUUACGAAAUGGGGAGCCAUUGCCUAAACCUGAGCCUCCACCUAUUAACACAAAAGAUCCUGAAGCUGGUGCCCUUGAUAUUCUGCAACGUGCUCAUCUUGCUAAACGAAAGAGCCUUGAACAGAUUUUAGCUAGUGACGCCUACAAGCUACCCCCUUACCGUCCGAGACCAACAAAUAGGAUGCCUACAGAAAAAGAGAAGAAACUACUGCAAGAGGCCAUGUCAGGUAUGCGACUUGCAGAAACGUCAGUGAAAGCAAAACGUAAGCCACGCAUCAGAACGGACUUCCAAGCCACAGAAGAAAAUAUAAUCGAUGAACUUUUAGAUCAAAUAAAUGAACGCGCAAACUGGUUGGCUGAAAUGGAAGAAUUAGGCGAUGGCAAGCGCUUCAGGAAUGAGGUUCGUGAACAAAUUGCAGAACGACUUCGCCACAUAAAGGCCCUUGAAACGAAAAUUCAAAUUAAAAGGAGUGGUAUUCGCUUCGUGGAGUAAAGGUGCAAACUUUCAUUUUGUACACAAAAUUAGUAUUUUAGCGCAAGGUUGACUUGUGCAGUAAACUUGGUUGAAAGCUCAGACACAAUUUCACCAAACUCCUAGUAACUUACCUUAAAUCAAAAUUGAUCUAAAUAUUACAUCUAUUUUCAUAUACACAUAACUAUAUUCUCCAAUUUAGAAGCACUUUUCAUUAGUUAUUACUAAAUCCUUUUCAUAUUUAAAUUUACCAAGAUAUAAAAUUAUUGAGCGCUCCUUUGUUCAAAUAUACAUAUUGCUAAAUAUUAAAGAAAUUUAUUGGAAAUGUAUGUUUGCUGUUAAGCCACAAAA